AUGACGUCCUCUAAUACCGACUCAGACUCUGAUGAAGUCGAAUUCCUACACGAGACAUACAAGGGAAAGGAAGUCAUUACUCUCCAGGACGAAUUCGAGCAUGCCAACGACACUGAGCAGACGUCUCGCAACUACUCAUCACCAUCUAUGAUAGGCUUCCGCCUGCUCGAUCUUCCCGCGGAACUGCGAAUCCACGUAUACUCGUUUCUGAUCCCACACAACAUGGAAAUUACAUUCGAGCGGUAUGGAUGGUCGAGUAGCAACGAACCCGACUGGACCACAAAUGCCUUCCGAAAGGACGAAGACGUCUCAUACAAGAUAGGAAGCAAUCCAUAUUACAAAAACACAAAAGUGCGCCGCUAUAACCAUUUUACGGUCGAGACACAAUUAUUCCGAGUGAGUAAAUUCGUCUCCAAUGAGACCAAGUCGGUUAUGUAUGGGUCGAAUACCUACAACUUUACUGUACAUGGAAAUUCCAUGUGGCCAAAGUCACUACGGAGCCCGUUCGUCUUUGGACCUCUCGGUCAUCCCGAUCGACUCCCUCUACUACGUAACCUGCGAAGCAUCCAUAUCGACGUAAUACCCGAUGUCGAUAGCCACUGGGCGGUUAAGCGUCAGCGAUCAAGACUUGAGUAUCUUGUCGAGAUUCUGAAAGAGCAUGCAGAUGACACCGACCAAAAGUCUCUUUUGCAAGAUCUGAAAGCUGAUUUCCAGCUCGUCUCACAAGACAAGAUGAAGAGGAUGCUGCGCGAUCGUCCUACCUGGCAGCAGGUCGUAAAGCCUAGUAUUCCUGAAGACACUGGGAAGUUCAUGUUCGGUCUUGAAAGCCUGGCAUCCCUUCGGGGUAUCAGAGACGUCGAGAUCAACGGACUACCAGAGUGGUACACCAAAUGCCUACAGCUAGCUAUACAGGGCAAGGGAGGAGACAUUCAAGAGACGGACUGGCCGCUCGUGGAAGUCAAACGUCGUGCGAAUGGGAAGCGCAGGUCGUCGAAGAAGCUGUUCGUCUCGAUUCGCAAAUGGCAUCAGCCAACGCUGGAUUGGAAGGAGUUUGCUGAACGUAACGACAUCACAACCCCAGCUGACAUUGACAAGUUCUGGGCAGACGAGACGUAG